GAGGUAUCUAUGCAUGCAUAUAUGACGUAGUUUUUGUUGUGUAGCGUAAGAAGUUUAUAAUGAUUUGGAAGUGUCGGUCAGGAUGUCUGUUGGGUUUGUAGAGCCAUUGUUAUGUUGAACUCUUAUUUCAUCUGUUUGAGGGAACUUCCGAAGAGCUCUGACGCGACAGUUGCGUUCUGUGCGGAUAUCAGAUGUUCGUCAUUUUCAGUUUGUUUUGAAUGUUUUGAAGACGCGACAUGUUGAGAAACGUUUAGGUCCGUCGCUUCGCUUAGUACGAAGAAUCUGCGAAGACUUUCAGUCUUGUAAAAUAAGAAAUGGGCGUAGAAUCCGUUAUUUCUUGGAUCGCUGUCAGAAGAUUCGAUCAGCUGGAUUCAAGUUCAGAUGAUGUGUCAGAAUCACCACCUCUCCCUUUAGAAUUGCAACGUGACUCCAGUUUCACUGACCUCAGGUGUCGUGUUCGAGCAUGGCUUGGACUUCCAGAGGAUGGAGGUGUCGUUAUGAAACUGAGAAGCAGUGAUGGAACUUUGCUGCCUCUGUCAUGCUUGCUUGCUGGCAAUUCAGAUGCAGAGCCAUUCAUAUUGGAUAUUGCAAGGAUUCACCAAACCACACCUGCAUCUGUACGCUCUGCGCUCCCUCCAGCUUAUAUUGAAACUGUUCGCAGUAAAUUGAGAUGUUUGGAAAGAAGGGUGGAACGGGUGGAAUCCUUGAUUCCAGAGCUGCGGUCUCGCCACCAGGCCAGUGUAGAGCAUGUCCUGCACCAAUUAGGCUCUAAGGUUCACUUUCUUGACAAACGUCUCGAUGAAUUGGUUCCGUCGGAAUGGAAAGGCCAUCUGCAGUGAACACACAUGUGUUUGUGCUGCUCAGUAUUUGUGUUUCUGUGGGUAACACGAUGUGACUCUGUGUUCUGGUACUGACAUGCUGUAGCCUCUAUGUGUCAACCCAAACACAGACCAGACCAGUUACUGGGUUGGUGGUUGUAGAUCUUUCUUGUAGAUGCAUCUAAUCUAGUGUAAGAAAGAGAAGAUAGCCCAAA